AUGCGCUUCAACUUCAACCCCCAUACUAUCAGCCUCUACCGCCAGCCCUACUGGUGUCUCGGAGACCGCAACGACGACUUUUACAACUACGGCAGCCCCUGUAUCUGGACGACUCCCGACGACAGGACAUGGAUCUGCCGGUACUGUGACUUCAUCCUCUGA